AUGGCGGACCGCAAAGCAAUCGAAUGCCAUCUAAUCAAUCUCUUGGCAGAGAUGAACCAGGUGGGUGGUGGCUAUGACACCCAGCCUGCCGACCCGACCAGCUUGCUCAACAAGUGCCGUGAAAUCAACGACGGUAUCGCCGAUAUUCGCGCUAAGCGCGAGGGACAGCUCGCUGCCGCACAGAAUGCCUUGUUGGACUCGAGCACCGGAAAAGAAGACCAAGUUUCUCGCCAGAGCCUGGACUACGUUGAGGACGAAAUCAACAACGGUUUCCGCUAUCUCCGUGACCUCCUGAAGAAGAUCAAGCAGACUCCCGGCUCCGGAGACAGCCGUGUACAGACCCAGGUCGAUGUGACAAGCCGCAACCUGCGCCGCGAAAUCGAGCAGUACCAGCGGGCCCAGUCGGAUUUCCAGAAGCGUUUGAGGGAGCAGGUUCGCCGCCGAUAUGAAAUCGCCAACCCCGAUGCGACCCCGGAGGAGUUGGAGCAGGGUGUUGAUAACGUUCUCAUGGGCCAGGAGCAGACCUUCCAGCUCACUGGCAGCCGGACUCGUCAAGCCAACGAUGCCAGACAGGCUGCUUUGGAGCGUUCGGCCGCAAUUCGGAAGAUUGAGCAAGAUAUGAUCGAGCUUGGUCGGCUGUACCAGGAAGUUGCAGAGCUUGUGCACCAGCAGGAACCCGCCGUCGAGCAGAUCAACCAGGGUGCCGAAGAAGUCGCUGGAAACGUCGCGAACGCCAACACUCAGAUCACCCAUGCCAUUGACAGCGCGCGUCGGGCAAGAAAGUGGAAGUGGUAUGCAUUGCUUAUCAUCAUUCUCAUCAUUGCCAUCGUUGUUGGUGUCGCUGUCGGUGUCACCCAGGCAAACAAGUAGACUCAUGACUUUCCUGGACGUGAUCCUUAUGGUCAUGUUGGAUUCCCCGCGAACUUCGAUCGACUCUUAUCUCCGACCCUAUGCGUUUUCAUACCUCUGUGUUUUAUAUUUCGAUUCCCUCUUCUCGUCUAGUUGCCUUGAGCCUUGUAUACCCAUGCAAGGGCUGGAACGAAUUUUUGCUUCUGUUUCUUUUUAUUCGACCUGUGCGACUUACACCGGCAGGAUGAUCUCCGUGUUAUCUCUAUGACCACGGUAAGCUCAACCGCCAAUUUCACUCCCUAU